CGAAAGCAAAUUAGAUCGGAGCCGGUGACAGUUCGGACUGCAGCUUUUGCAGUAGCCCAAGCCGAGAGGGAGCGCUGCCGCUGUUGGAAAUUUACUCCGGUGUAAACAAUUCAACGAAAUCCACACAACUGGAGAAGAAAAGCGCACACGACGACGGGAAAAUGCCCCCAAAGUUUAAGUUCACAGAGGGUGAAAAGGUACUCUGCUUUCAUGGCCCGCUGCUGUACGAAGCAAAGCUUCUGCGUUGUGCGAUGAUGAAGGAAAAGCAGGUAAAAUACCUUGUGCACUAUGCCGGCUGGAACAAAAACUGGGAUGAGUGGGUUCCAGAGAGCCGCGUCCUAAAGUACAACGAAGCGAACCGCCAGCGGCAGCAGGAAGUCCACCGCUUACAUUCCCCUCUGGUAAAGAACAAAAAGAGCAGCACGAAGGGUAAAAAGUCGGACGCACAGGGUGGUACCGGCACCCAGGGCAAGGACAGCGAUUCGCGAGCAUCCACACCGUCGAAGGAAGUGACGAAAGAGAAAGACACAGCGGUACAGUCCGUCACCACCACACCCGUUGCAGGAGCUACAACACCGAUGGGCACUACCUCUACCGGUGGUAGCACGACGACGCCCGCCUCCUCUACAGGACGAAAUCGAUCGUCCCUGAAGACAUCGGCUACCAGUGCGAGUGUUUCUUCAUCGCCCAGCUCCAGCUCCUCGUCCACCUCGUCCUCGACGGCCGUACCUGCCGCAACGGAUAAGCCACCUGCCGCCACAUCCACCGCCGCUGGCAAGGAUGUGAAAUCUUCCGAAAGCAAGGAGGCGGUGGAAAAACCGAAAGACGAAUCGUCCAGCGAGCCCGGCAGCUCGAAGGCGAAGAAACGCGGCCGAAGCGACACAAACUCGUCGAACGUCGAGUCGGAGGAUCAGUUCAUAUCGAAGGUGGAGGUGAAAAUCAAAAUUCCGGACGAGCUGAAGGUGUGGCUGGUGGACGACUGGGACGCAAUUUCGCGCCAGAACAAGCUGCUCGAGCUGCCGGCUAAGGUGACGGUGCAGGAGAUAGUGGACAACUACGUACAGUACAAGAAGCAGAGCAAGGUAACGACCGCUACCAAGGAAACGGCCGUGGCCGACAUCGGCAAUGGGAUAGUGGAGUAUUUUAACGUGAUGCUCGGCUCCCAGCUGCUGUACAAAUUCGAGCGGCCACAGUACGCGGAAAUGAUACAGGCCCAUCCGGGUGUGCCGAUGGCAAAAAUUUACGGCUCCGUUCAUCUGCUACGGCUGUUCGUGAAGCUGGGACCGAUGCUGGCAUUUACAUCGUUAGACGAAAAGUCGAUACAAACUUCGCUGGGCCAUGUGCAGGACUUUUUAAAGUAUUUGGUCAAAAACAGUAGCACUCUUUUCAACAUGCAGCACUACGUGAACACUAGCCCCGAGUAUCAUCGGAAGGCCUUGUAAGGGGUCUUGUGGCGUAACGCAGCGCUUUACAAGGCAGAUGGUAUUACUCGAAACUGAAUUACAAUAACAAAUGGACUAUGGACUAUAUAUAAUGGAACACUAGCCCCGAGUAUCAUCGGAAGGCCUUGUAAGGGAUCUUAUGGCGUAACACAGCGCUUUACAAGGCAGAUGGUAUUACUCGAAACUGAAUUACAAUAACAAAUGGACUAUAUUUUUCAAAAAAAAAAAAAAAAUGAGUUAGUU